AUGUCUCUAAAUGGAUCUGCUUUAGAAUAUUCUGACAAAUCCAAAAAAGCCAAUCAGCCAACGCAACGUCGUUCGAUGCUAUCCUAUAGGCAGAUAUCGGCAUAUGAUACGGCCCCAGAAAGAUCCUCUUCCAAUAGGAAGAACCGGAGUUCUUCUCAGAAUUGCAAAGAAAAAUCAGAUUCUUCACAGUGUCAUGUUUGGAAUAGAAUUAAAUGUUUCAUCGUCGAUGAAAUCGAUCAGAUUAUUAAAUAUAAAACAUGGAUCCAUAGAUAUUUUUCCAGUGGUUGGAAUUGGCUAGACCUAGCAGGCAUCAUUUGUUAUUUAAUUGCAUUUAUUACUCGAUUUUUUGUGGUCGAAUCCAUUUUUGCAGCGUCAAAAAUACUCAUGUCAAUUGAUUUUAUUAUUUGGUGCAUACGAUUACUGUAUUUUUGUUCUGUAUACGAAGCGUUGGGACCAAAACUGGUGAUGAUCUAUAAAAUGAUGAAAGAUACGUUUUUGAUUUUUGUGUGUUUCAUACUUGUUUUUCUCCUCGCAUUUUCAAUUACUUCUUGGUCUUUGUUGUCUACCAACAAACAAAUUAAUUGGUUGUAUGCAACUAAUGGCUCGUCAAACAAUUUUACUUUAGCGAGCGAAAACGGAGUAGAGUGGAGUUGGCAAUUAUUACGAGAUGUAUUUAAUUGGGGCAUUUGGAAAGUAUUCGGACAAGUAGCUGAACCAUUUAAAAAUAAUGCUACUGAUAUGGACGUAAUUAGCGAAAAUGAUGCUUAUGGUACAUUUGUUUUCUUAUAUGCUGUUGCAUUCGUAGUAAUAUCAAAUGUACUUCUUUUGAAUGUUCUGAUCGCAAUGUUCAAUGAGAGAAUUGGAGAGGUACUUAAAGGAUCACAUACAUGGAUUCAUCGUUCAUUUGGUAAAACAAAUCUUUUAUCUAAAUCCGACUUAGAACCUGAUUUUGUCUAUCUCUGUGAUUGA